UGUGUGUGUGUAAGAGAGAGAGACUGGCAUUUUUUUUCUUUCCUCUCUUUGCCUAUUCCCUCUCUCUUCAGGCGAGCAGAGCAGAGCGGGACUGAGUGAGAGGAGGACAGAGACGCAGACGUGUGCAGACCAGAGCACACCAACUCCACAAAGACAAGAGAGAGGAGAAGAGUUUGCAAGGAGAACAUAAGAAACAACUGCUUAUUUUUCUUUUCUUUUCUUUUUUUUUCUCUUUUACAUCUGCAAACUGUGGUGGAUAUCAAACCAGCAUCAAAAGAAUUCUACAAGAAGAAAAAAGGAUUUGCAUGGCUUUACAGCAGAGAGGAAAAUAUUAGCAUUUCUCACGUGUAGUUUUUUUUUUGUUCAUAUUCAUCAAAUAUAUGAAUUUAUUCUAGUGGACUUGUAAGGUGUAACAAGACUCUUGGAAGCAGACGUAGAGAGGGGAAGGUGGACACACAGAGAAGUAAGGGCUUGUUAAAGAAGAGCAGGUUGUCGUUCUGGUGAAUAUGGCCAUUAGAGAAAGCUGGUUUGAGGCAGGCAUGGGCAGGUUGGCCAGGCAGCCACUCUGGAUGUGGGUGGCGAUGCUCUCUGCCCUGAUAGUGGGCAAUGCCAGUGGCUGCCCAGCCCUGUGUACCUGCAGCGGAACCACAGUAGACUGCCAUGGACUGGGUCUCAAAACCAUGCCAAGGAAUAUCCCCCGCAACACUGAAAGACUGGAGCUGAAUGGGAAUAACCUCACACGAAUCACGAAGAGUGACUUUGCUGGACUGAAGUACCUCAGAGUUUUGCAGCUGGUGGAGAAUCAGAUUACUGUGAUUGAGCGUGGGGCCUUUGAUGACAUGAAGGAGCUGGAAAGACUGCGGCUGAACCGUAAUCAACUGCAGCAGCUUCCUGAGUUGCUGUUUCAGAAGAACCCUGGCCUGUCUCGACUAGAUCUGAGCGAGAACUACAUCCAGUCCAUUCCCAGAAAAGCUUUCAGGGGAGCUACAGACAUCAAAAACCUCCAGCUGGAUAAAAACCACAUCAGCUGCAUAGAGGACGGAGCCUUCAGAGCUCUGAGAGGCUUGGAAGUGCUAACGCUGAACAACAACAACAUCAGCAGCAUCCCCGUCUCUAGCUUCAACCACAUGCCCAAACUACGGACUUUCCGUCUCCACUCGAACAAUCUGAACUGUGACUGUCACCUGGCGUGGUUGGCCCAGUGGCUCAGGCAGAGGCCUACAAUUGGCUUAUUCACACAAUGCACUGCCCCUCCUGAGCUCAGAGGACUUAAUGUGGCAGAAGUACAGAAGCAUGAAUUCAGCUGCUCAGGACACCAGGAGUCUUCAAGCCCGCAGCCUUGCAGCACUGGUGGAGGCUCUUGUCCUGCCAUGUGUACCUGCAGUAACAACAUCGUGGACUGUAGAGGAAAAGGUCUGACUGCCAUCCCAGCAAACCUGCCUGAGAGCAUGGCUGAAAUACGUCUGGAGCAGAAUGGGAUUAAGUCUGUUCCACCCGGAGCCUUCUCUCCCUACAAGAAACUGCGUAGGAUAGAUCUGAGCAACAACCAGAUCUCAGAGAUAGCUCCUGAUGCCUUCCAGGGGCUGCGGUCCCUCAACUCCUUAGUGCUGUAUGGAAAUAAGAUCACCGACCUACCUAAGGGGGUGUUUGACGGCCUCUACGCAUUACAACUUCUGUUGCUGAAUGCCAAUAAGAUUCACUGCGUUCGUGCCAACGCCUUCCAGGACCUGCAGAAUCUCUCGCUGCUAUCGCUCUAUGACAACAAGAUCCAAACCCUCGCCAAGGGCACCUUCACUUCACUACGAGCAAUACAGACCCUUCACCUGGCCCAGAAUCCAUUUAUUUGCGACUGUAAUCUGAAGUGGCUGGCCGACUACCUGCGCACCAACCCAAUCGAGACGAGCGGCGCCCGCUGCGCCAGCCCACGGCGGCUCGCAAACAAACGCAUCGGGCAAAUAAAGAGCAAGAAGUUCCGCUGCUCUGCCAAAGAGCAGUACGUCAUCCCAGGCACAGAGGACAGCCAUCUGAACAAUGCAUGUAACAGUGAUCCAGUCUGUCCUCCCAAGUGCCGCUGUGAGUCGAAUGUUGUGGACUGCUCCAACCUUAAGCUCACCAAAAUCCCCGAGCACAUACCCGCAUCCACCACCGAACUCCGCCUUAACAACAAUGAGAUUACAACUCUGGAAGCAACUGGAGCUUUUAAGAACCUUUCCCAGCUGAAGAAAAUUAACCUCAGCAACAACAAGAUCACAGAGAUUGAGGAUGGGGCAUUUGAAGGCGCGUCCUCUGUCAACGAGCUUCACCUCACAGCCAAUCAGAUGGACUCGGUUCGAAGUGGGAUGUUCCGCGGCCUUGAGGGACUGCGAAUGUUGAUGUUGAGGAACAACAAGAUCAGCUGUAUCCACAAUGACAGCUUCACAGGGCUUCACAACGUCCGUCUGUUGUCUCUGUAUGACAACCAGCUGACCACAAUCGCACCCGGAGCCUUCGACACCCUCCAGACUCUGUCCACUCUUAACUUACUGGCCAACUCCUUCAACUGUGACUGUCGGCUGGCCUGGCUAGGUGAUUGGCUGAGGAGCAGGAAGAUUGUAACAGGUAACCCUCGCUGCCAGCGUCCUGCCUUCCUGAAGGAGAUCCCGCUCCAGGAUGUGGCUCUGCCUGACUUCCGCUGUGAGGAAGGCCAAGAGGAGACAAGCUGUGUGCCUCGGCCCCAGUGUCCCAGUGAAUGUACAUGCUUGGAGACUGUGGUGCGCUGCAGUAACAAGCACCUUCACACACUGCCCAAAGGCAUCCCCAGGAAUGUGACGGAACUGUAUCUAGAUGGAAACCAGUUCAGUGUUGUUCCAAAGGAACUGUCUGCCUUCAAAUACCUACAGCUGGUGGACCUGAGCAACAACAAGAUAAACUCUCUGACCAACUCAUCCUUCGCUAACAUGAGUCAGCUUACCACUCUAAUUCUGAGCUAUAACUCGCUGCGCUGUAUCCCCAAAAUGGCUUUCAGUGGACUGCACUCACUUCGACUGCUGUCUCUUCAUGGCAAUGAAAUCUCAGAGCUUCCCGAUGGCAUCUUUAAUGACGUGUCCUCACUUUCCCAUUUGGCAAUCGGUGCCAACCCCCUGUACUGUGACUGUCACCUGCGCUGGCUGUCGGACUGGGUCAAGACUGGAUACAAAGAGCCCGGCAUCGCUCGCUGUGCUGGUCCUCAGGGCAUGGAGGGCAAACUUCUGCUGACUACACCUGCAAAGAAAUUUGAAUGUUCAGGUGAUGUGGACACGGCAGUGUUGGCCAAGUGUAACCCUUGUCUGUCGAGUCCGUGCCAGAACCAUGGCAUCUGCCACAGCGACCUGGUGGAGAUCUACAGGUGCAGCUGUCCUCCAGGAUUCAAGGGAAAGAACUGCGAGACGGUUCUGAACGCCUGUGUGAGCAGCCCAUGUGCCAAUGGAGGAACCUGCCGAAUGGAUGCAAAUCAAGAGGGACAGUACAGUUGCACAUGUUCAUUGGGCUUCGAGGGCCCGACUUGCGAAACCAAUAUCGAUGACUGCGAUGACAACGACUGCGAGAACGGAGCAACCUGCAUCGACGGUGUCAACAACUACACCUGUUUUUGUCCCCCCUACUACACAGGUGAAAUGUGUGAAGAAAUGGAAGAUGUGUGUGCCCCCGGUCGGAGCCCCUGCCAACACGAGUCUACCUGCCUCAUCACAUCCUCUGGACCCAAGUGUGUGUGUUCUCCUGGUUAUGUUGGUGAUGACUGCAGUGUAGACUAUAAUGACUGCGAGGAGCAUCGCUGUCAGAAUGGAGCUCAGUGUGUGGACGAGCUAAAUGGAUAUUUGUGCAUCUGUCCUGAAGGAUAUAGCGGUCAGUUAUGCGAGGUUCCCCCAUCUCUACUGUCACUGUGCGAGCGGGCCGACUGCCAGAACAACGCCCCAUGUGUGGAGCGAGGUGGGCGCGCCCUCUGCCAGUGUCCUCCUGAGUUCGGAGGGCCACGCUGUGAGAAGCUGGUCAGCGUCAACUUCAUUGACAGAGACUCCUACCUCUUGCUCUCUGACCUUAAGAACUGGCCUCAAGCUAACAUCACACUACAAGUAUCAACGGCGGAGGACAAUGGUAUCCUGCUGUACAAUGGAGACAAUGAUCAUAUGGCGGUGGAGCUCUAUCAAGGUCAUGUCAAGGUUAGCUAUGACCCCGGCAGUCAGCCAGGACAUGCCAUAUACAGUACUGAGACUAUCAACGAUGGUCAGUUCCACACAGUGGAACUGGUGACCUUUGACCAGAUGGUGAACCUGUCCAUUGACGGGGGUCUCCCUACCACAAUGGACAGCUUUGGGGCAGUGCGGCCCAUCAACGGGGAGGCUCCACUAUACGUGGGGGGUAGGGGCCCUCUCCAGAACACACCUCCCUCCUCUGCAGGCAUGCCGGUGGACGUGCACUCGGGCACUUUCCGUCUCUGGCAGAUCCAGAAUAGCUCCAGUUUCCAUGGCUGUAUCCAGAACCUGUACAUAAACAACGAGCUUCAGGACUUCACCAAGACCCAGAUGAAGCCUGGCGUGGUACCGGGCUGCGAGCCCUGCAAGAAGAUCUACUGCGUACAUGGCAUAUGCCAACCUGAUGGGGUCCAAGGACCCGUUUGCCACUGCCAGCCAGGCUGGAGCGGGGCGCACUGUGACCAGCCUGCUAGCAACCCCUGCCAGGGCAGCAAGUGUGUCCAUGGAAAAUGCAUCCCUCUGGAUUCUCAGUCAUACCGCUGUGAGUGUGCAGAGGGUUACCGUGGAGCCCUGUGUAACCAACAAGGGGAGCUGUUUAACCCCUGCCGUCAUCUGUCCUGCAAACAUGGUCGCUGCCAGAUCUCAGACACAGGAGAUGCAUACUGUCACUGUGAAAAUGGCUAUACCGGAGAACUCUGUGAUGCAGAGAUUGAGUGCAGAGGGGAACCUGUGCGAGACUUCUACCAGGUCCAGCGGGGAUACGCUAUCUGCCAGACGACACGCAUGGUGUCUUGGGUGGAGUGCACUGGAGCCUGCGACACAGGGGCCUGCUGCGCCAGCCAGAGGAUGAAACGUCGGAAAUACACCUUCGAAUGCAGCGAUGGGACCACCUUCAGCGAGGAGGUGGAAAAGACCAUCAAGUGCGGCUGCGUGGGCUGCAUGUAGCACAGUUCACUCCCGUUCCCCGCUGCUGCUGACGAGCAGAAGAUGGAAAGAAAGAAAGAAAGGAAGUAAAGAAAGGAAAGAGAAGACAGUAGGAAAGUGAGGGAGAGAAAGAAAGAGAGAUAUUAAAGAAUAUAUAUAAAACCUCUAUCUAUAUAUUAUGGACAACAGUGUUUGUAAAAUAGUAUAUUUCCUCCCCUUCUAAGGGUGUUUGACCUACAGUAAAACAGAGAAACCAACAUCACGGGCAACAACGUAGGUGCGAUAACAGCAGCAAACCAUUGUAUCCGCAACAUUGUUUCAACCCGAGUCACCCAGUGUGAAUUCCCCAUCCAUCUCUGAGGCCUCUGACAGCCCAGCCACCAUCUACCAUCUUUACUUUGUGGAGGCAGAGAGAACAGUGGGGUCCGGCCUGGGAAAAGCAGAAGGCUAAGAGGAGAGCUGGACAAUUUUGACUUGGCAAAGCUGUUUUGAGUUGAGCUUGGCUGGGUUGCCUGGACUGGGCUGGAUAUGGUUUGGGUUGAGUUGAAGUUGUUGUUGGUUUGGUGUAGCAGUUUCUCUGCCAGGAUACAGUCAUCCAUCCACACACGCACACGUAGAAGUGAACAGCAAGGAAGAAAACGUACGAUUAAGAGCGGCGCAGACGUCGUGGCUUCGAGGCUAGGGUGGUCUAGUGUCACAGUUGAUUUCUGUGAGGUACCGUAACAGAAACUCCAUUAAAAAAUAAAUAAACAAGAGACUGCGCUGACUAGCAGCACUGAAAACAGCAGUCAAGGCACGUCUCUGAAGUACAUGAUCACACAUGCAUGGCAUACACACAUUUUCUGCACAGUCUAAACGCCACACGGGAAGGCUUGUGCCAAACUAUUCCAAUCAGAGAACCCAUCCGGUGCUGACAGUGCCCAGUGCUUAUCAGCCCCCAGCAUGAAUUGCCUCAGGGUUAGGAUGAUUUGCAUAAUCCCACCCCCAACCUACUCCACCCCAGUGAGUAGGAGGCCAAUCAGUCCUGCUCCUUUUGAUGCCUGCAGUAUUAAACUUGUGCAAACUGUUGCAUGUUUGGAGACGUUUGCUAACAAAUAUGUAGAGCUUCUUAAUAUCCUUAUAAAUGUACAAAACAAAAAGGUUGCAGAAUCAUGCUCUGUUGUUUUAUUUUUUAUUUUGUUUUGUUUCAUUUCUCAUAAUUUGUUUUUGUUAUAUUUUUGUGUCAUGAUGUAACCUAACUCCUUUAGCUGCCCCAUCCCUCCCCUACAACCCUUUAUAUAGAAAUGCCUAACAGAUUCUAAUAUAUAUAUAUUUGUAUUUCAUUUUGGUAUAGUAUUUUUCUAUGUUAAAGAGUAAGUCUGUUUCCUGAAGCUUUGGGACUGGUGGAAAGGCGUUCAUUUGGUUCCCUAGGUGUUUUUUGUUUUUUUAAUUUGUUGUAUCUCACAUGCUCCAAAAGGUGAUUAAUUACAUUUAAUUGGCCAAAAAAAAUGCAGCAGCUGGUUGGCCUUUUUGUAUAGAAGGCAGUAUUGGUCUAGAAAUAUGUUUAAUAUUGUAUAUGUUGUCUUCCAUGUGAAUAUUACAUUAAUUCAUUGAGAGUCUGUGCUUGUUUUUAUUUAUUUUAUCUAAUGGCGUUUUCCUGUAGAAAGUGAAGAUCAAAAAUGUCAAAAAGAUUUAAAAAGGUAACUAAAAAAAAUAAAUUACGUAAAAAACUGUAUUUGUAACAUCACUUCAUAGCAGUGUUUGACCUUCCUCUCUGGCUCAGACAUUCCUGGUUUGCUUGUGGGGGCCGGAGAGUUCAGAGCUGAGAUUAAGAGAUGUCCCCCACCUCAAAUUUCCCUUGAAAUUAACACAUCACACUUAAAAGACUUCUGAUUGUUUCCUUGUUCAUUUGGAUUGAAGUGCUCGAGUUGCAUUUCUGUCAUUUGAAUUUGUGAGCUGGUGGGUUUUGUUUUGGGGUUUUUUUUACGUUUUUUUUAAAUUAGUCAAGCUCAACUGAUCAUAAGCUGCUGUCAAGCCAGAAGGAACAGGAUGAAGUUGCCUCUGUGGACAAUGAUCAUGUUAUCAAGGUGUGUCAUCCAAGAUUGCUUUGAAAAGGCAACUGUGUGUGAAGCAUUACAUGCCUACUACUGACAGAUAAGUAAACGAGAACGGUCUGGACAUUUUCAGUAUCUGUCAGUUUUAAGUGGUAAUCCAUACGAAAAAAAAAAAAGGAAAAAAAAGAAAGCAAUGGUGCCAAUUACAGUGAACGUCAUACCUGAAUGUAUAAAUGUGUAUAGAUAAAUAUGACCUAUGCUUAUUCAUGAAGUGGUAACUUUUAGCUGUUAUUUAGUUUCCAAUGUAAGAUAUAGAAAUCACAUCCUGUCGAAUAAGUGACAGUCCAUCGGGAUGGCGUUAAGGUGUUGUUCUCUCUGCAGAUCGGGAUUGUGUUUGAUCCGUUUUUCUGAUCUAACUGUUAAAGUCUCUUUAUAGUGUGAAAGGCUGCAGUUCUCAGCUCAUACAGCGUUGCAUCACGGAGCUCCUAUUCAUAUUGCUACCCAUGUUAACUUUGUUUUACAUGCUGUCGCUGUGAUCCCAGUGGUGUACAAAAACAUUAAAGAUCCCAUAAAGGAUACUGAUGAACAGUCACUGUAAUACUUAGGCUGUGUGCCUCGUAAAGGUGCGCGUUUAGUCAAAUGUGACUUUCUUUCCAUGUCUCCUUUCCUUCCUCUGCACUAAUCUGUACUGGACUGGUGCAUUCAACUUCCUGGUAGACAUCUUAGUGGUGCUUGUGCUAUAUUGAGAUGUAAUUCAGUUACUGGUCACAUGACCAGAAACACAGUUUUCUUCCAUCCUAUGAACUAUAUACAUAAAUGUUAUCGUGAACAACACAAUGUCUCUGUUGUAUUGAAAUGGUGCAAAAACUAAGAAAUAUCCCUGGCUGGGUUCUGUCUGUUUGCGUUUAUGUUACAGGACUGAUGGUGGGAUUGAACUGAAAACUCAAUAAUGCUGAAUGUAUGUAGUGCCACCGACAAAAUGUUUACCAAAACUCCACUCUUUUCAUUAAUUAAACUUAAAUGUGUGUGCUUUUAAAAA